AUGGCUGGAAAUGUGCUUCAGGCGCGCAGGGCGCGCUCCAGGCGCACAUCAUCUGCUAGAAGAAAAACUCUUGCCCCUAAACAAAACCUAAAAAACUGUCAAAAACCCACCUCUCCAGAACAGUCUCCACAAUGUUCCCCACCACGAGAACGUUCUCCUGCUCACAUAGUCUUGCCUCCAGAAUCUUCUCCCCACCCACAACCUUCCCCACAAACACACACCAAACGUUCUCCAUCUCCUCAGUCUUCUUCUACUUCCACUUCAUCUGCCUCUGAACCGUCUCCUCCCUCUAAGAAACCCAAACAAACUACUCCUUCUCUAAUUUCCCCUGACAAAUCUAACCUUUUCAAUGAAAAAUGGGCUCAAAGCCCAGUUGGGAUUGGACGAGUCUUUGUUUUUGACAAUCUCGUUGUUGACGGCAAUGUUGUUCAACAUCGCACUGAUGCUCUUGGAUGGACCUCCUUCUUACAAAUAUCUGAAUCUUAUUACCCAGAUAUUGUCCGUGCAUUUUAUUGCAAUGCCAAGACAUUUGCUGACAAAUCUCUAAUCAUUUUUACGAUUAAGGGAGUUGAGAUCAAACUGACUCCAGACAUCCUGGCCUCCAUUCUUCAGUUGCCCACAUAA